GUGCCCGCCGCCUCCCUCCGCUCCCGCGGUCGCCCCCCCGGCCCCCCCCCUCCCCCUGGGACCCGGCCCAUGGACUGAGCCGCCCGCUGGCCCGCACCACCAGCCGGCCCGGGAGCCGCAGCCCAGGCAGCCAGGUCACCAAUUUGGCUUCAUCACACUGAGUCUGCCCGCAUUCAAAGCUGUUUACCUACAGUAAUUUGAUCUGGUUGGAAGUGAACAUGUCUCAAGUUCAAAUUCAAAAUCCUUCUGCUGCCAUUGCAGGGAGCCAAGUAUUGAUUAAAAACCCAUCUCUUUCACAGCCUUUGAGUAUUCCUUCUACUACUAGUUCUUUGCCCUCUGAAAAUGCAGGUAGACCUAUCCAAAAUUCUGCUUUACCCUCUGCUUCAGUUACAUCCACCAAUGCAGCUGCAGCUCCUUCAAACAUGGCAAACCCCAAAGAGAAAACCCCAAUGUGUCUUGUGAAUGAGUUAGCCCGUUUCAACAAGAUUCAGCCGGAAUAUAAGCUCUUGAGCGAGCAAGGUCCAGCUCAUUCUAAGGUGUUUACAGUGCAGCUCACUCUUGGGGACCAGCACUGGGAAGCUGAAGGAACUAGUAUUAAAAAGGCACAACAUGCGGCAGCAGCCAAAGCUUUGGAAGGGACAAAAUUCCCUAAACCCACUGCUCGUCCAUCUCGUAGUGAAGGCAAGAAUCCAGACAGUGUAACCCCCACAGUGGAGCUAAAUGCACUUUGCAUGAAGCUGGGAAAGAAACCUAUGUAUAAACCUAUUGAUCCUUAUACGGGGAUGAGAUCCACUUACAACUAUACUAUGAGGGGUGGCACUUACCCUCCACGGUACUUUUACCCAUUUCCUGUUGGGCCCUUACUUUAUCAAGUUGAGCUUUCAAUUGGAGGGCAGCAGUUUCAUGGGAAAGGAAGAACAAGACAAGCUGCUAAGCAUGAUGCAGCUGCUAAAGCACUGAAAGUUCUGCAGAAUGAGCCCUUGCCUGAGAAACCAGAGGUUAACGGAAAAGAACCAGAUGAUGAAAAUCUCAAUAAAUCUGAAAUAAGCCAAGUUUUUGAGAUUGCACUUAAAAGGAACUUGCCUGUGAAUUUUGAGUUUUUCCCUCUGAAACAGGUGACCAAGGAAAGUGGCCCUCCCCAUAUGAAGAGCUUUGUAACCAAGGUGUCUGUUGGAGAAUUCAUGGGUGAAGGUGAAGGAAAGAGCAAGAAGAUCUCAAAGAAAAAUGCUGCAAUAGCAGUCCUAGAAGAACUGAAAAAAUUGCCACCCCUUCCUACAGUGGAGAAAAUGAAGCCACGAAUCAAAAAGAAAACAAAAUCAAUAGUGAAGCUGCAAACAAGUCCAGAAUAUGGUCAAGGAAUGAAUCCCAUUAGCAGACUUGCCCAGAUACAGCAGGCCAAGAAAGAGAAAGAACCAGAAUAUAUGCUUAUCACAGAACGUGGCCUUCCACGGCGCAGGAGUUUAGUUUCUUCCUCUUUUGUCCAGGUGAAAGUUGGUGCACACACAGCUGAAGGAAUGGGAACGAACAAAAAAGUUGCUAAACGCAAUGCAGCUGAAAAUAUGUUGGAAAUUUUAGGUUUCAAAGUCCCUCAGCCUCAACCUCCAAAGCCAGCAUUAAAAACAGAAGAGAAGACACCAGUAAAGAAACCAGGUGAUGGAAGAAAAGUAACCUUCUUUGAGCCAGGCUCUGAAGAGACUUCAACUAGUAAUAAAGAAGAUGAGUUUAGGAUGCCUUAUCUCAGCCAUCAGCAGCUUCCUGCUGGAAUCCUUCCCAUGGUCCCUGAGGUUGCACAAGCUGUAGGAGCCAAUCAAGGACACCAUACCAAAGAGUUCAGUAGGGCAGCCCCAAAUCCUGCCAAGGCUACAGUAACAGCAAUGAUUGCUAGAGAGCUAUUGUAUGGUGGUACUUCUCCUACUGCUGAGACCAUAUUAAAGAAUAACAACUCAUCAGGCCAUGUACCCCACGGACCACUUGCUAGGCCCUCUGAGCAGCUGGACUAUCUUUCCAAUGUUCAAGGAAUCCAGGUUGAAUAUAAAGACUUUCCAAAAAAUAACAAGAAUGAGUUUGUAUCUCUUAUAAACUGUUCUUCUCAGCCACCACUGAUCAGCCAUGGAAUUGGAAAGGAUGUAGAAUCUUGCCAUGAUAUGGCUGCACUGAAUAUUUUAAAGUUGCUGUCUGAGCUGGACCAACAAGCCACAGAGAUGCCAAGAACAGGAAAUGGACCAAUGUCUGUAAAAAUUAAAAUGCCAAGUGCUGGUACCUUCAGAAGGAUGAGAGGAUGUGUGAAACAAGAAAUGGAAAGUGACCCUCUUCUCAAACCGGCUAACUCAAACACUUUGGGACAGACACUGGACAGCACUGCCUAAAAAAGGCUUUUGACUGGACCCAAACCUGAAAGCACCAGAGAAAAUCAAAUGCUUCCUCUUAAUGUAACCUAACUGUUUUUAGAGUGCUACAGUCUUUACAACCUACUGUAGUGUAUAAAUCAUAACCGUUGCUUUUUCUUCAAACAGUGAUGAAUUUUUAGUUUCAUUAUGUUGUUUUGAUUGAAAUGACACUAUAAAUUUUUCAUUUAAAAGUUUCUUAAUUGUAUCUAGAACAAUAGCACAGUUUAGAAACUUUGUCUUCUGAGACUGACAUGUUAUCUGUGAACUAACUUGGGAAGAUCAUAUCCAUGUAUGUGGUUAUUUUGUUUUUAUUGAAAUAGCAGUUUCACUGGAAACAAAUUGUGUGCCCACCAUUUUAAAAAGUCCAGCUUAGUAGCUUAACUAUCCAACGGUUGAAUGAAUUAAAACACUUUAGGAAUUUUAAACUUUGUUUGAUCAUUUUUGGUUAAUUUCUAGUUUUCUUGAGGGGGGGGGGGAACUCGAAUGCAACGUGACUUUAAAUGAUCUAUGUUUUAAGGAUUGUGUGUUUAGAUGGCACACAGCUCACUGCAUUACAGGAUAUGAUCUCAAUGUAGUGCAUAUAAAACCGCAGAUUGAUUUUCCUUGAGUGCUUUAUACUGUUUAAUUACAUCUCCAUGUAGGGCUGAAAAAAAUUACCUAUGUUUAUAUAUAAACUGUGUUGCUUUUGAUGUUGUGUUAUUGCGUGCUGAACUGUGCGCAAUAAAGUUUUUUGCAUAUGGUCCAGGUAAAGCACGAUAGCCUUGCAAGUUAAGUACUGCUUCAGUUCAUUGUUUACGCUGGAAUUUUUUCUCCCCAUGGAAUGUAAGUAAAACGUAGUGUUUGUCACCAAUAAAUGGUAAUACUAAA